AUGGAAGACGGCCCGCUGCCAGACCUCAGGGACCUCGAGCUGAAGCUGGGGCGCAAAGUGCCCGACAGCUUACUGCGCUCACUCCGCGGGGAGGAGCCGGUUCCCCGAGAAAUGGACAGGGACCCCUGCGGGGGGAGCUGCAGUGGCGCCGGUGGUGGCUGCAGUUGCAACAGCAGCAGUUACAGCUUCCCUCCCUCCUUGUCGUCCUCCUCUUCGUCCUCCCCAACCUCUGGCUCCCCACGACGUAGCCACUCCAACGCUCUGGAGAGGUUGGAAACCAAGCUUCACCUUCUCAGGCAAGAGAUGGCAAAUCUCAGAGCCACCGACGUCAGGCUCAUGCGCCAGUUGCUGAUUAUUAAUGAGAGCAUUGAGUCCAUCAAGUGGAUGAUUGAAGAGAAGGCCACCAUUACCAGUCGAGGCAGCAGUCUCAGUGGCAGCCUGUGCAGUUUACUGGAGAGCCAGAGCACCUCCUUACGUGGCAGCUACAACAGCCUACAUGACGGCAGUGAUGGGCUGGAUGGCAUCUCCGUGGGGAGCUAUCUGGACACCUUGGCAGAUGAUGUCCCAGGACAUCAGACCCCUUCAGACUUGGACCAGUUCAGUGACAGUUCCAUAAUCGAAGACUCCCAGGCACUACACAAGCAUCCCAAGUUGGAUUCCGAGUACUACUGCUUUGGCUAAUGACCUAGUUUUUUGUAUGGGACUGGUGUGCAAUUUAUUUGUUUUUAUCCUUCUUUCCUGCUGCUAUUAUUUUUGGUGUGAUUUUUUUUUUUUUUUUUUUUUAAGAGAGGCUUAUUUUGAAAUGGCUUAAUAGUAUUUCUGUUACUCCUGCUGUGUCUCUUCUGGACUGAUUUAUUUUUUUCUCUUGCUUCUGUGUUUUUAUUUAUUACAAUGAUUUCUCUCCCUUCUUUUACAAUGGCACAAGUUAAGUAGGGGGAAAUGAAUAAGCAAUAAUUAUGAUUUUGCUUUUGCUUUCAGAGCAAGGGGUCAGGGAUUACAUGAAAAAGUUUGAUAAAUUUUACAAUAAACCAAAGUCUGAUAACA